UACUUUAGCAAAAAAUGAUUUUGAACUCAUUCAUAUGUUGUUUUAUGGUUGCUUUGGAUUUUGUUCAUACUCAAUCAUGCUCCUGUGACUUAACUUCUAAAGGUUGCGAUAUUAACUGUUGCUGUGAUGCAGAUUGUACAUCAAAUGACAAAAUUGCAUUUUCUACAUGUAUUGCAAUGCCAGUAGUCCAAUUGAGAGAAGUAUGUGUUUCGGAUACAUUGCUUUUGUUUGUAAAUGGACAAUAUGAAGCUCGUGGUAAUGGUGGAGGCUUAUUUUGUAUAUAUCGAGACAAUUAUCAAGAGAGAAAUUUGUAUCCAGAUAUAUCUAUUGGAAGCAAUGCCAACAUAAUCAAUGCACUUGUUAACAAAUAUCAAAAAACCACAUACAGCUCUGGUGACCAGAUAAUUAAUAAUUACCAAAGUUCAUUUAAGUUUGGAGAUCCACUUUUUAUCUUAUAUUCAAGCAAUAUCAAAGGUUUUCUUGCACAACCUCUUCAUGGUGAAUUUUGUUCUUUAACCAAUGCUGCAAGGUUUCUUAAUUCAAAUAAGUCAACUUGUGUCCAACAAGUUAAAGAUAUCAAAAAUCAAUGUUUGAAUGAUGUAAAUUGGAAUGGAAUAAACUUUGUAUAUGGUUUUCAAGUAGCCCCUUAUCCUUCUUAUAUAAUGGAAAUGGGUGUUGGACUGAACCAAUCAAGCAAUCUCAUUUCUCCAACCUUGAAGUUACCAAUUAUGUGCAAUGAAAAUUGUUUUUAUUCAAAUAUUUCCAAACCAAGUGUUCAAGUUGAUGGUGGAUGCAACAAUGUGCUUUCAAAGAUAACUUAUGCAGUUACUUACUCUACAAACAUCACUGUUAAGAUAAUAAAUGUGGAUGUUUUCGUUACACUAGCAAAUAUAUCCAAAAACUCUGCUUCAUUCCUCCAGACAUUUGAAUAUAAAUUUCAAUCAGCAAGUACAAAUGUUCAACCAAAUUCUAGCGUAUCUACAAAUUCCAGUUUGUACUCAGCAUCCAAUAUUUCUUUGCAAGAAAAUGUUUCUUCUGAUGUUGGUUUUUCUUCCACUGUUUUGUUUGAACGAAGUGGUAACCCUGGAUAUUUGAUUGACUACCCUCUUAUUGUUGGCUACUUAAUACCUAACAAUUUUUCUGGAAUGGUAAAUUUAUCAGUUCUUACAACAAUAAAACCUACAACCAGCUCUAUGUGUGAGGAUGCCUCUUUCAACAGAAUACCUGUAAAAUUCGGCAUUGAUUUUCUUACAGCUUGUUUUGUAAGUGUAAAAAAAAAUAUGACUGACAAUGACUGUGUGAUUUGGCAGGACCAGAUUUUCAAUCUACUUUUGAAAGAUUUACCAACACACGUUGCUUCUUUUGGUUCAUUAGAUGGUUCCACUGCUGCUGGAUGGAUUGCAAUUGUCAAUAAUAAACCUACAUCGAAACCAUCAUCAUCAAAUGGUGAAUGUCAAAAUAUGGUGAUGGGUGUAUCUUUUGAAAUACUUUAUGCAAAGACGGGAUUGUUUGGAAAUCCACAAAGAAAGGUGGUUGGAUUUCAAGUCAAGUAUAAUACACCAAGAAGUUUGUAUUUUCUUUGCAUUGAAAAACCGUGUUCAUCUUCUUACAAACAAAAGUUUGUUGUGACACAGUCUAUAGCAUAUAUUGAUAUUUCAUCAACACCUCAAGCUGAGUAUAGACCUAUCCCAACGUUCACUGCAAAAGCACCCAACGAUUUUUUGUACCCAUUUUUUUGAAUCAGUUGGUAAAACAGGGAAUCGUCAUGCUGAUUUGAUCGAAGAUGAUGUAAUCUUACCAAAGCAUAUUACAGAUGAGUUCUACGCUUUUUUAGUGAAUUGUUAUAACGAAUUGUUUUACGUUUCCCUCACAACUAAUAAUCGAAAAAAGUCGAUUUCCUAUGUCAAUACUAAAAACGGCUCUAACCAUGUAAAAGAAGGAAGAUUCAAUGACCCUGUUGUAAGCGUACCAUGUGAAUAUAUAUCUCCCACAAUAUAUCUCCCACAUAAUAUAUCUCCUACAAUAAUAGAAUCAAAUAAGUUAUCGGGGUAUCUCCCUUGCUCAAGUUUUAAUAAUGAUAUUACAGACGACCCAAUCACAGACGAAAAUGUGUUAAAAAAUCAAACUAAUGAAAUAAAGUUACACUCAAAAAGCAACUGUGUAAAAAAAAAUGAAAAAUCUAGUAUGGGAAAAAUUAUAUCCAGUCUUUCUUUUCGUAAAAAGUUGUAUGUGCCUAAAAGUGAAGAAAUAAAUGAGUUUUCUGUUCAUUCGACAAGUUUUUAGAAUAACAUCAGUAUUAAUAUAACUUAUAUAAUUUCUUAUUUAUGUUAUUUACGUGUAAAAAUUUUUAGAAGUUAAUUCGUCGUUCAAUUAAAUUAUCGUUAUUGAGUUA